GUUCCAUCGCACCUGGUCCAAAACAAUUUCCAUCUCAACAGCUACAAAAACAGUCCACUCUUAGCAGGAAAUAAAACACCACCCUAGACGAAAACUAAAAGGAAACUUUGUUAUUUCUUUCGUACAUGGUGAGCACGGGAAAAUUCCGCGAAAAUUUACAUUCCCAACAUAUUUGCACACUCUGGUGAAAAGGCGGAGCGCAAAGAGAACGAAGCUAAAUGGGCUAAUAACAAGCUAAGUACGAUGGACUAACAGCUUGCCAGUUAGCGGUACGUUUCGAGCUACGUUUACAUGGACAGCUGCUAAUAAAAGACGGCAAGCGAAUGAACAUUAGGUAUUCCAAGGAUUGCAACAUGCGUGGCCGCCACUUACGCCGCCGCUUCAGCCUGCAGCCCUCGUUCAUGAAGGACGACAAUGCCGAGGAGAAGCCCAAACGUGAUAAGGUUGGUAGAAAUAACGCGGUAGAUGAUGCCAUUGGACCGGCCAACGCACGCCACAAAAUCGUCGUCAUGGGCUCUGCAAAAGUGGGCAAAACGUCAAUAAUCACCCAGUUUCUGUACAACACAUUUAGCACCAAAUACAAGCGGACCAUUGAGGAAAUGCACCAAGGCAAUUUUUCCAUCGCCGGCGUGAGUCUUACCCUUGAUAUUCUGGACACUGCCGGUUCAUACGAGUUUCCGGCGAUGCGGGCUCUCUCUAUAUCCUCGGCGGAUGCUUUCAUCCUGGUCUACGACGUCACCGAUGCCACUACUUUCGAGGAAGUGCGCACAAUUCGCGAUCAGAUCCACGAGACUAAGGCCACUACUGCGGUUCCAAUUGUGGUUGUCGGGAACAAGAUCGACCUCUUGGCAGAUGGGGAAACCGAGCGAGAGGUUGAGUACGCCACCACAGAAUCGGUAGUUACUGUGGACUGGGAGAAUGGGUUUGUAGAGGCCUCGGCUUCCAGUAAUGAAAACAUCACCCAGGUGUUCAAGGAACUGCUGGCCCAGGCAAAAAUAACUUACAAUCUGAGUCCGGCCCUACGUCGUCGGCGCCAGUCGUUGCCGCAGCAGAUUGGAAACAAUGGACCGGGCACUCCGUCUCACCACCACCAGCACCACACCCAGCACCACAAUUCCGGAGGUGGCGCCUCCGCUUCUACCUCCUCGGCAGCGGCAGCUGCGUCAUCCUCCGGGGGAUCCGGAUCCCACGCCCCUACACCUGCCCAGCUGCAGCACCUGCAAAGAAUCCAGGAGCGGAGUUUGGGCGCCAAGCGCAACUCGUGCGUCAUUUCCUAAAGAGGCGAAAUCCCGGCACUGGCCAGGUCCAGUGCCAACACGGCACUUGACGAAUGGACGCCAAACUAGAGGUCUCAUAUAUAACGGUUUUCAACACCUUUUCAAUAAUCAAAAACAAGAUGGGGCUCUUUUCCCAAACCCAAGCAACAGAACUAGUCUGAACAGAAGAGGUAGAUUCUAUUCACAGACUCCCAGUCUUUUACGGGAAGACAACAUUCUGGGUGAGCAAGGUACCAUUUUCUUUUCUUAAAAACACUACUUGUCGUCGAAUUUAAUUUAAUAUUUAAUUUAACGUUUUAAAAAUAUGUUGAAAGUAUGCUCAAAGUUUCAAAAUCGCUUGAUAUUUGAAAGUAUAUUUUAAUAUAUAUAUUUUUUCCACAAGUUUAACGUUAUCUUUUUCACGGAUACGAAUAUAUUUCGAAAUCCUUUUAGGUAUUUUGCAAGUGUAAGAAAAGCAGGGUAAUAUAACUAAGCGGGAAAUUUUUAAAGAUGUCUCCCUAGAACUUCUAAUUUUAUUAAUCUAAACUAAUUAAAUCCGCAAUAUUGUAGAGCAAUCUCUACUCAAAUGUACCUCUAUCUUGCUGUUAUUGCUCCAAUAACUUAAGUACCUAUAUCGCAAGCCUCUGGUUUCUUAAACUCAGCUUUUAGAAUACUUAUGUGUGUGACCAAAAGUGAACUCGUUAAAACGAUAUACAACUCACUCAGAAAAAAAUAUACAAUAACCCAAGACAAAUUAUUUUUUAAACGUCUCAGUACUUAGCUUGUGUAUUUGUCUAAUCUGAUCUUACAGGAAUAUAUAAAAUAGUUUAUUCAUUAUCUGUGUAUAGAUUACACUGUCCACUAUGUAGAUUUCCACAAAUUUCCAGUUUCGAAAUGUCUUUAAACGGGUCAGGAACGGAUCUAAAUUUCGUGUUACAACACGCAAGUGUUAAGUUAAAACGCGAAAGUUAAAAAAAACAGUUGUUACACACGACAACGCAGUGUUUAAACGUUUGUUGGCUUAUUGGGUUCGUUGAAAAAUAUUUAAAAAAUACAAGUAUGCGUUUCCGACCCCUUUUUAUCAGGAUCACCAUCCGAGUCUGUCUGUUUGAACACUGUGAUUAUUGGUCAAAACCACUGACCACCCUGUCCGUGUGAACGAACAUUAUUAUUUAUAUGCCAACUUCCAUCAUUUAAACAUCUCUCGAACUCCCACUGAGUAUCUGAGUGUGCUUCCUAAAAUUGGCAGAGUUAUUAAUUAUCCUAAAUAAAUUGUUAAA